GAAAACUACCCCCUCCCUUCCCCCUCCCCUGGGAGCCAAGAUGAGCGCUUCUUCUAGGGUGUCCAUCCCAAAUAGCGUCCGGAGGACGAUUCAGAACAUCAAGGAGAUCGCCGGGAGCCACAGCGACGAGGAGAUAUAUGCAAUGCUCAAGGAGUGUUCGAUGGAUCCCAAUGAGACCGCACAUAAGCUCCUCCUCCAAGAUCCAUUUCAUGAGGUCAAGAGGAAGCGCAGCAGGAAAAAGGAGAACAGGGAGCCUUCUGAUUCUAGGUGGAGGCCAGGGUUGCAAGGGCAAGGGGGUAGGGGUGGUAGGGGAAAUUAUUCUCACUAUAUUGCUCAUGAUGUUGGAGGUGGAAAUAAUGGUGGUGUUGGAAAGGAAAAUGGUGUCAUUCAAGGCACAGAUAAGAGCAUCACAUCUUCAUCUUCACCUACCACUCAUGACACAGAAAAUAAGUCUGCUACCACUAUAUCAAGCUCUGUAGCUGGCCUGGAUGAUGGUUCCACCAGGAUGGAACGCCUGAUUUUGGGACAGGGAGCUACAUGCCAAAAUUCUGGUGUCAGUGUUAACACCUCAGUAGAGGAACGUUCUACCACUGAAAUAAAUAAGAUGGUGACACUGCCACCUGGCGACAUAAAAAGUGUUUCUGCAUUUGGCCAGUCUAUACCUAAUUCUGAUCAGUUUUUAUCAUCUAGAACAACAUCAACUGUAUCAAGAGUAUAUGCAUCAGCCUCAGGCCCUGUGCUGGUGCCAUCUCAUGAUGCACGCAUUCCAGGUGUUAUUGGUGCCAUUGGAUGUGAAGUUGGGAGUCAACCAACACCUGGGAACACAAACAUCAACAGAGAUGCAUCUCGUGAUGUUGCUAGUUCUGAGUUGUCAUCUAUAAAUGGAAAGAAUUCUUCAGAAUUGGCCAAUUCUCACGAACAAGGAAGGACGCAAAGCAAAUCUAAUGGACCUGACGUGAUCCAAAUUUCAUCACAAGAUGGAUCUUCCUCUUCUACCACUGUCUCUGUGAGCAGUAGGCCAUCUUCUAAUUACAGCAGCAGAUCACAGCCACUAAGUGGUCCUCAGAAAGCAGUUGGUCCUGCUAAGGAGUGGAAACCGAAACCAACAAGCGUGAAUUCUGCUCAGGCCUCUGGUGUAUGGAGCACUUCUGAAGUUCAACCCAUCUCUGCAGGAACCGUUGCUCCUUCAUCAAGUUCUAUCUCUUGCAAGAACACUAUUUCGACGCUGCAGAACAAGCUAGAUGAGCUGCAGAACAAGCUAGACGAGCUGCAGUUUUCAGAAACACAUGUUAUCAUUCCAAAUCAUCUUCAGGUUCCAGAAUCUCAAAUCACUGGUCUGAGCUUUGGAAGUUUUGAUGCUAAUUUUGGGCUGACCAUGAGGUUUGCAAAUGAUCCUGAUAGUGACAAGAACUUGAUGCUGUUGCCUGAGUCAUCUCAGGGGGUUACAGAAAAUGUUGAAGAGCCUUCUCCAAUCUUUCACAAUGUGUCUACUACUCAAGAAGCAGAUUAUCCAGAUCAUCCGCAGCCACCAGCACAGAUUGCAGAAAAUACAUCAGCCAAGGAGCCAGAAAUUUCCUCCAACAUCCUUGCAGCACCAGAAAAUGAUCAACCAAAACCAGAAGCCACUUUAGCCCCAGAAGGUGCUCAAUACUCGGUGGUUCAUUCUGCAUCAACUUAUUCAAAUUUUGGACUGAUACCACCAGUACUGGGUAGCCAAUGUACAACCCUUGAAGGUGCUGAACCUCAGUCACGUGAAGCCUCUCAUCUCUCAGGCUUCGUUGUGCAACAACAUUUUGAUCCAUCUACAAGCUACUAUAAACAAAUUUAUCGACCUGCUGCUGAUGUUGAUGGUCGCUUCUCUCCAUUUCUUCCACCUGGUGCUGCUUCCAAAUUCAAUGGAAGCAUUGCAAUCUUACAUCCUCAGACUGGCCAGUCUCAGCAGGAGAGUGGGAAUUCUUCUGUUCUAUCAUCAACAGGGCCAACCCUUCUUGUAACCCAAGCUGCUGGAGUUGUUCCGAGCUCUCUUGCCAUCAACCAACAACCAGUCCCUGUCUUUCGGCAGCCUGCUGGUGUACACUUAUCUCAUUAUCCUCCUAACUACUUUCCAUAUAAUCAGUAUUUCUCACCAUUCUAUGUUCCACCCCCAACUCUUCACCAUUUUUUAAGCAAUGCUGCAUUCCCCCAGCAACUUCCCACUGGAAGUAUGUAUCUGCCUCCAGCAGCUGCAGCUGCUGCAAAUCCUGUCAAGUAUCCACUCUCUCAAUACAAGCCUCCAACUAACAACGGUAAUCCAACCCAUACUGGAAUGCCAACUGGCUUCAGCAUACCCAGUUCAAGUCCAGCCAGUUAUAGUCCCACUCCUGCUAUGACCUCUGGAAAUUCAACUAGCAACGAGGAUGGUACUACUCAGUUUAAAGAAAAUAAUGCCUACAUUGAUGGUCAACAGAGUGAAGGUCCAACUGUGUGGAUUCCUGCACCCGGUAGGGAUGUAUCUAGUCUGCAGGUUGGUUCUUUCUACAAUCUCUCUCCUCAGGGACAGCAUGUGACGUUUACACCAACACAGGCUGGCCAUGGCUCCUUCACUGGAAUCUACCACCCCACCCCGACAGUAGCUGCUGGUUCUGUUCAGCCAUUUCUCCAGCAGUCUCAGGCCAUAUCUGGAGCCAUUGAAGUAGCCGGCCUUCCUGCAGGCAUAUAUCAGCAGCCACAAUGUGCGCCAGUCAAUUGGGUCAAUAAUCAUUGAGGGCUCAAGAAAAUUUUCAUUUGCAGUAGCCAGUGAUGCAGGAUAUUUGACAUUUUCUUGGGAAUGAUAAAGGGUACUAUUGAUUUGAGCAUAAAAUCAUUAGAACAUUUGCAGCAUGAAACAUCCUGCUGAGGAAGUGUAUAUAUAUAUAAAGGUUGGCCAGGAACUUUUGAGAUGGAAAUUUUGUGGGUUUUAGACCGCAUGAAGCUGAUGGUGAAGUUCACCUGUGAUUGAUAAUUGACCGAAUUUAAUCAGUGGAGUGGAGGUACGUGCAGGUCCCUGUUUCUGCUUGCUGGCGCUCUUUUCCUUGAUUAUUUUGCCUUUCAUUUUUCUAGCUUAUAGUUACUCUGGGUGGUGAAAAGUUUUUUUUUUUUUUUGUCUCCUUUUUCCCCCUUUCCUCAUAGUUUCCCCUUUCUAUGCUUUUCUCGAGGCAUCAUAGAAACUUUGGAAGGUAAGAAAUUAAGUUGGUGGAUUUUCGUUCUUUCCUCCAACUUACCUGUAAAGUAAAUUUUGAUAGUGAGAAAAUGUAUUACAACUGUUGUAUUUGGUGUAAUAGAAACAGCAGAACAGUCCAUUUGUUUCUUAUUUACUGAUUUAAAAGAGACAUUUGGCUUUGUGGAACA